CGUUCGGGAACUUAACUCGGCGGUCGUUGGAGUGGCGUUUGCCAAAAGGAACGGUCGCGAUAUUAAGUCUUGAGUUCGAAUAACAUUAAUAAUAAUAAUAAAUCCUCGUAAAAAAAAAAAAAACCUGUCAAGUCAAUGUGCCGGUAGGAAAAAAUAACAGUGUCAGUAAUUUACACUGGACACAAAAUAAGACGUCCAUCGUCGGCACAGCGUAAAAUGAACCAACAAAAAUGACGAAGAUUUUUUAGAACUGAAAAAAGAGAAUGAAGAAAAACAAACCCUUCGUAUUGCAUACGUCGACUUUAGUCGUUUUGUUACUUCUUAUCAAGGAACCAUAUGACUUUGGCGAAGCUGUUAAAAUGCUUGGAGUCAAAGUGCCUGCUUACAUAUUCAUGGGCGAUUCGGUGCAACUGUUUUGUAAUUAUGACAUGCAAAUGGACAAACUCUACUCAGUCACAUGGUACAAAGACAACGAAGAGUUUUACCGGUUUGUUCCAUCAUCUAAGCACCUCAAACACAGUUACAACAUGGACGGCAUCACCGUAGAUCAUGCUCAUUCGGAUAGCAAAAAAGUUACACUGCGCUAUGCCAAUUUAUUGAUGAAUGGUGAAUACAAAUGCGAAGUGUCCGCAGAAGCGCCAUUUUUCACCACAGUACACGCCGAGUCGAAAAUGGCCAUCGUAAGUUUACCAAAGCCAAAAGACAUUCCCAAGAUAUUAGGUGGAAACGAUAAAUAUCAGUCGGGUGAUAUGGUUUACCUCAAUUGUACGUCGGGAAGGUCAUACCCGGCAGCCAAACUUCGCUGGUAUGUCAAUAACAAUAAGGUCAUGUCCAGUCACGAGCAUACCGAAAAAUUACACAACGGUCUGUUUAUUACUAUAUCCAGAUUAAAUCUGUCGACAACGGAUGAUCAAUUCCAUAAUGGUAAAAUAAAAGUCACCUGUCAAGCUGUCAUCAAUAUAGGACGCCAGAAAGCGUUGCCAUCACCUAAGGAGUACAAACACGACACCGUACUAUUAGUUGUGGGAUCAGCUACGACGUUUAGAAAAUCUGUCGAUUUCAAAGUGAUUUUAUUAACACUAAUGGUAGUACUAUUCCCGCUGAACAAUUCGUGAGUAUACUAAGCCAAAAAUGUCACAUACUUUAAGUAAAAAUAUUUCUAUUGAAUUUUUUAUGAAUAUUAUAAUUUAUUUUGUUUAAAAUGUACACAAACAUUGGCGACAUUUAUUUACUUAUAAGCCACACCGUUUAAUUUGUCCACUACCUUUAAAGACUCAAUUAAUUUUUUGAACAUGAUUUUUACACAAAGUGAUGUUUAAUUUAAAAAAAUAUUUCAUCCCAAGUUAUUUUAUAAUAUCAGCAAUUUCUGUUUUUCAAAUAGAAAUUUGAAAUAUGUCUUAUAGUUUCUAAAAGAAGCUCUGUCUACAAACAUAUUUUUUUUAAAUAGCAAUAAUUAAAACUCAUUUGAAUCGUUAAAGUUGUAAAGGAGAUCAUGGUUAGUGAAUCACUUUGUUUACAUUUGUUCUUUAAUACGUUAUGUAAAUAAUGUUGUUUGGUAUAUUGUACAAACGACAAAGUUUAAUCUGAAGUACUGCUUGGGUAAAGAAUAAAUAGCAUAUAUAAUAUAAAUGCUGAAAGUCUUACGGGACUGCAACAUUUAUUCAUAAAGAAUUCUUACCUCUUUGAGAAUGUAUUUUCUGUAAAUGUUAAUUAAAAGAAUUAUAAUUUACCCUAUUAAAUUAAUUUAAAUGUAUUUGUUUUUAACCUCGUAUGUUAAUUGUACAAGUAUUUAAAAUAUUAAUAUUAUAAAACAUUAAGUAUUUAUAUUCUUGUAUAUAUUUCGAUUUAGCUAUUGAAUUUUGAUUUUAUAAGAAUUCUACGAUGAGUCCAUUUCUUCCCUCCCCCACAACAUUCGAAAUUAGAACUUCUUCUUGCACCAAUUGUUCGUGCAAAAUAAUUGUACACAAACGAUGGAACUUGGUGCACAUUUCUGUAAAAACGAUUGACGUGAUAAAAAGUUCUAAUCUUCAAAGUGGACGGGGCAGGGAAAUGGACCCGUCCUAUCAUUUACCAUUGGGGUUUUCUAUGCUGUAAUUUGCAUAUUAUCAGAACUGAUUAUGUUAAAUUUUAAUGAUAUUUGAUGCACAAUCUUUUUAUUAAUUUAAGAUAAUCUUGUAUCUAUAUUGAUUUUGAUGUAAUAAUUGAUUACAAUAAAUUAUGUAUUAUAAAACACAAGA